UUCUUCUUCUUCUUCUUACUUCCUGUCUCCAUCCAAUACUUUCCACCACCGCCACGAUGGCACAGCCUGUUCAUAUCUCCUCCAAGGAGCAAUUCAGCUCUCUUCUGACCACCUCCAAAUUCGUCGUCGCAGACUUCUAUGCCGAUUGGUGCGGUCCAUGCAAGGCCAUCGCGCCAGCGUACGAGCAGCUGGCUGCCCAGCUCUCGCGUCCAAACCGGAUCACAUUCGUCAAGAUCAACGUUGACCAGCAACAAGACCUCGCGAAGGCCUAUGGAGUUACUGCGAUGCCCACAUUCAUCGUCUUCGAAAGAGGCCGCGUUACAUCGACCGUCCGCGGCGCAGACCCUCAGAAACUAAGCCAGGCUGUUCAGAAACUCGCAACAGAAGCUAGUAAAUCAGAUAGCUCCGCCGACGAGGCAGGCCAGGGUUCCUCGGCGGGAGGGGUGUGGAUUGGCGGCGCCGUCCCCAAGGGCUACGAGGAUAUCACGGACCAGUAUGACCCCAAGGGGGUUGAGCUGUUGAAUCGCGAUAGCGAGUUCGGCGAAGCCAAGGUGCUCUUUGACUCGUCGAAGCCGUCUACGCUGAACAAUGGAAAGAAGGGCAGCCCCGACUGGGUGGAGAGUGACACGGAUGAGCAGUUGAUGCUGUUUGUCCCGUUCCAAUCGAAGCUGAAGGUGCAUUCGCUGCAGAUUACCUCUCUGCCGCCUGCCUCAGGCGACGAGGAUGAUGACGAGGAGGAGGUGCCUAUGCGCCCGAAGACUAUUCAGCUGUAUACGAACCGUUCCCACGUGCUAGGCUUUGACGAAGCGGACGAUAUACCUGCUGUGCAGACGGUGACGAUCGAGGCCAAGGAUUGGGAUGCGAAGACGGGGACGGCGAAUGUUGACCUGCGCUUUGUCAAGUUCCAGAACGUCACAUCGCUGGUUGUGUUCUUUGUGGAUGGCGACGGGGAUGGGGAGAAGACACGCGUGGACAGAGUCCGCAUCUUUGGGGAGGCAGGCGAGAAGAGAGAGAUGGGUAAGCUGGAGAAGAUUGGCGAUGAGCCGGGUGAAUAGUGAAUGGGCGUCCGAAUAAACACCAGUGUACGGAAAUAGCAUUGAGCUUGAAGAUGCAUUAUUAGACAGGUUACGAUUCACUUCUGCGAGAAAAAAAAAUAAAUAAAUUCAAGCACUAAUUAAUUACAUUACUGCCCAGCUACACAACUGCACUAUCCUAACACCCACAAGCAACCCUAGAUUAUAGGGUUUACUCUACAGCGUAAAAAACCGAAAAAAAGCUUUACGCAGAUAUUUUACAAAAGACUCAAUAUCAACAUCAAGACACGAGUCCAAAAAAAAAAAA